AUGUCUAAUGAAGAACGUAGCGAGGAAGAGAAAUCUAAUCUCACGCUUCUCCGACCGGUCGCUCCUGACAAUGAGGCCACAGAACUCAUGUAUGGAAUGCGGAAGCCUCUUAUUUACAAUGUGAUUUCCACAGUGCAUUUGGAAUGCCAGAUUGAACUUCGCAAGUUAGUUCUCCAUGUGCGCAGUGCUGAAUACAAUCCGAAACGAUUCCCCGGUGCUGUGGCAAAGUUCACCAACUUUACCAUUCAAAAUAUGGUUGGUCUGGUUGAUCUGCGGUUUCCUAUCCGUUUGGAAAGGCUUGUGAUGGCAAACGAACAAAUGACGCAAUACGAGCCUGAGAUCUUCCCUGGACUCAUCUACCGGAUAAUCAAACCUCGUAUGGUCUUGCUCAUUUUCGUCAAUGGGAAAGUGGUGAUAACGGAGAACAGCUCGGAACCAGUCGGUGGUGUCGGAUAUAUACAGAAGCGGGCUAACCGAAGGAGUGAUCGUAGGUGUCCCGAUGGUCUUAUAUGUGGCGAGACUGUCGAUGAGCUUAUGCCCAACCGGAUCAACCGUGAGGUUGAAGUGUCGGAGGAAGUCACUGCCGACAAUGGACAGUGGAAAGUCGAUGAUGAUGAUUACCCAGGCAAGGACGCCGUACUGAAGGCAAUUUUCAGUGAUAGGUGCACACUUUGUGAGCAUGCCGCCGGAAGAAAUCUGGAUGCUCAAUUGGCCGUCGCCAUUAUCAGUUUGUGCAACCUGACCCGACCAGCAAGAACGUUCCCUGCUUUGAAUCUGUGUCCACCGUAUAGCGUUGAUAGGGGAAUGCUCACGCAUCCCCAGGGACAAAGCGGCGGGCAACACCAGCCAGCCGGAUCAGCCGAAGGAGACAAAACCCGGGGUGCCCAGAAGAAAGAAAGCAAGCACAUACCCCCAAGGAGUCAACGUUGUGGCAACGGGGCUAAAUUGAGAAUACCAAAAACACCCAAUCAUUUGUACGCAAUGUUGAAAGCUACUCCCAUCCGCCGACAACACAACGAACUGGACGCUCGAUUGGCAAGAGCCAUAUUUGUCCUGUGA